AUGUACUGGCUCUGUGCGGCAGUCCUUUGUUGUCUCCCCAGCCCCCGAACGGGCUUGCCGUCGAGCACAGGAAACCCGUGUACAAAGGAACACGGCAUCGUGUUACCUUCGCUUGCCAUCGAAGUAUGGGAGCGCGUACUCGACCACCUUUGGUACGACCAAGAGACCCUCAAAGCCUGUACUCUGGUCUGCCGCGCGUGGUAUCCCCGAGCUCGUUUUCAUCUCCUCAGGACCGUCAUCCUCCGUGAGCGCCAUCAUGUCUAUCGGCUCGCGAAGCUCGUGCAAAAAGACAAAGACAUGGUCAUGGGCGCAUUUUACGCCCACGCUGUGAGAGGCGUUAUCCUCCAGGGAGGCAGCACCCCAGAAGUGCGCAUACCGGUGCCACACCUGGCCACGUUCGCGACAGCUUUGGCGGGGAAACUGCUCGCCCUAGAUGAGGUUGCAUUGUGCAAUGCAGAAUGGAUAUCUGACUCCUCGUUUGUGAACACUUCACUGCAUCUGUCCACCUUCCACUCUGUUACUCGUCUGGUCCUGCAGGCUGUGACCUUCCCCAAUAUCCACACCUUCCGUCGUCUUAUAUGCGCAUUUCCUCGCCUUGGCUAUUUGGAAUGCUGGGGCGUGAAGUUCACCAACCCCGGCAUCGCAGAGGCAGCCCCGCGUUACCCGUGGAUACACUCUUCAUUGUCUAGAUUGUAUCUCAACACGACCUCCAUGGGUACGAUCACUGAUCUACUCCUGGCCACUGGGAUUGCGUCAAGGCUGCAUACCAUCAUACUGGGCUAUUGGGAGUUCAUCCCUAUACAGCAUGCGCACAUUCUCGGCAUCCAGCGACUCCUCGAUAGCGCAGAGGACAACCUACGGAGCCUGGAUGCUGCUUUCACGUGCCCGCAGUCGCCCGUGGGCAAGGGGACUGGCGUGUCUGAGUAUCUAGGACCGCCAUUGACACUCGCUCGAUGUACCAACCUAGUGGCACUCGUAGUUCGGACAGAACCCAUCGACAGCGCCGACUACGGGUGGAUAUACCAUUUGUUAGCCUCCAUCUCCUCCACAUCGCUGCGGCAGAUGACCAUUGUAAUUAAGCUUUCCGUCAAGCUGAAGCAGUCACUGGUCUCUGUCCGGCCAAUGUUUCAGACCAUGUUGGUGGAAACGCUUGAUGAACUAUUGGCUACAGAACAAUUUGCAGGUGUAGAGUGUGUCGAGUUCAAGCUUAGGGUGUACAAGGCGUUCGACAAGAUACCAUCAGUCGGUCUGUGGGAGAAGAUCGUCCUUGGAGGGUUUCCGCGGUCAAGGAGACGCAUACUGUGCGAGUUCAUCUCACAUCCUUUGACGAUUGUCUUGGUAGCUCAUGCUCAAUUUCACUGA